CCCGCCAGUGGAGGCGGGGUUGUGUCCCUUCGAGUCUUGUUUCCGCUGCAACCGGCAGGCGGGGUUAUGACUUUCUGCAGUGCGUGACAAGGGAUUAAAUGCUCCGUUUCUGCAGUUUACUUGUGAGAAAGUGGGCCGAAAGGGAUUCUUUUGUGAGCACUUCGCUUUCAGAGCGCCGUUGACAGGUUCUCCUGUUUCUCUGGGUCAGAUCCCCGCGCAUGCACCCAGCAGUCUCUCCUGGGCUCUGUGGCCUGUGUCGCGCUGUUGGAGAGCCAAGUGGAUGCUUCUGAAGAGAGCGGGAACUCCAACACGAAGAACGAGAAGAAGGAAAGAAGAGCGCGGGGAGCAGAGAGAAAGAAAAGCAGAGGGAAGAACGAAGAACCACAAGUCGAAGGAGGGACAGGAGAAAGAAUUGGCGAGACAUGACAGGCAAAAGAAGUCUCCGAGUGCGUUUAUUUCCAGAUGGUUAUCUGGCAAGUUGCGGGUCGGAAGAGAAUGGAGAAAGGCUUGGACUCAGGCGUUGCCACGCGAGCCGAGAAGGAGAGCUUCCCAUCUGCUGAGUGCACCAACGAAGUUUCUUCGAAGUUCGAGAGCUCUUGAGUGCCUCUGCGGCUCCGUGGAACUCGCCUGUACAGACAGCGUAGGCUCUCAGAAGCAACACGGUCUCGCCUUCGCGUCGUCGCGCGUUUCACAUGUCUCUCGAUCACGUGCGGGGACGCCUGAGAGCGCAGGAAGGCCUCUCGGCGAUGCAGAUUCGUUUCUACGUGUGUGAAGUUGUCAAGCGACCUCUGUGGUUGCAUGCAGUCAUCAACACUGGGCCUCUGUGUAGAGAACUGCCGGAGUGCCCUUUCGCCGCGUCUCGUUUUCCCAGAUGAGGAGAGGAAAGCAGAACAGCAGCGCAUGCGAAACUCCGCAAGGUGCAGGAGGGAGAGUCACCUCAUGAGACUUGAGAUACCUCACACUUGAGAACGCAGCUGCACUUCUGUGAAGCAGACACAGUUCUCUUUACCGAGCUCGGAAUGCGCAGUGGCACUGUAGAAGGGCGCUGUGCUGUUGCAGACGCUCUGUUGAAGCGAGCACACGCCAGCUUUUUCAGCGAAGUCUCAUGAAACGGAGAAAUGGGAACCAUUUGUCUUGCCAUAUGGAAAACCCACCAAAAUACUAGGUGUGAAAAGGACCAGAUGCAGAAUAUUCUGAGACAGGCCUUCACGUCUCUUGCACCACAUCCACGAAAUCAUAAAUAUGUGUUUAUAUAUUCAAAUGUAUGUGUAAAGCUAGGCUGAGAUCGGAGAUAGUGCUGCACAUUUAUCUGAAGAGCGGCGCGUCUAUUGCCUCAGCUUCAGAGAUUGAACGUCUUUUGACCAGAAAACGCGUCCUAAGUGCGAAUCCUCUGGUGUAACCUGUGGCUCUCUCGAGCGUGUGCGUUUUUCAUCUUUUCCAGAGUCUUCGCCUUUGUAUCGAAGUCGCGAACUCUAGCCAAAAACACAAG